ACGGGGCGGGCCGCCGCGGCGGUGGCGCCUCCCGUCACGGGCCUGUCCGGCAGCCGCGGUCAUGGCGAGCUGCGUGCGGCUGGGCGCCGGCAGGCUGCCCGCCGUGGGGCUGGGGACGUGGAAGUCCCCGCCAGGGAAGGUGGCAGCCGCGGUGAUGGCCGCUAUCGACGCUGGGUACCGGCACUUCGACUGCGCCUACGUGUACCAGAACGAGAACGAAGUUGGGGACGGGAUCCAGAAGAAGAUCAAGGAAGGGGCUGUGAAGCGAGAGGAGCUCUUUGUGGUCAGUAAGCUGUGGUGCACGUUUUUUGAAAAACCUCUGGUGAAGGGAGCCUGCCAGAAGACUCUUGCCGACCUGAAACUGGAUUACCUGGAUCUCUACCUCAUGCAUUGGCCUUUUGGGUUGAAGGCAGGAGAGGAGCUGUUUCCUACAGAUGACAAAGGCAUGUCUAUACCCAGCAAUGCUGAUAUUCUACAUACGUGGGAGGCCAUGGAAGAGCUGGUGGAUGCUGGCCUGGUAAAAGCCAUUGGCAUCUCCAACUUUAACCGUGAGCAAACUGAAAGAAUCUUGAACAAACCAGGACUGAAAUACAAGCCUGCAAACAACCAGAUUGAGAGUCACCCAUACCUUUCCCAGGAGAAGCUUAUCAACUAUUGCCAGUCCAAGGGGAUCACUGUGACAGCAUACUGUCCCCUUGGGCGCCCUGACAGGGCCACACCAGAUGAGCCUCCCGUUCUGGAUGACCCCAAGAUUAAAGAGAUUGCAGCCAAGCACAACAAAACUCCAGCACAGGUUCUUCUUCGCUUCCAGAUCCAGAGAAAUGUGGUUGUGAUUCCCAAGUCUGUCACCCCCCAGCGCAUUGUGGAGAACUUCAAGGUGUUUGACUUUGAAUUGACUAAAGAGGAGAUGGCAACCAUUCUCAGCUUAAACAGAAACUGGAGAAUAUGUGAAAUGGUCAUGUGCAAAAAUCACAAGGAAUACCCCUUCCAUGCUGAAUACUGAAGAUAGCUUUAUCCUGUCCUCCUGCAGGUGUCUGGGGCCGAACAAGCUUCUACCGCUGCCUGGAGUGGUCCACCACGUAGCUUACACACUGCAUCUGUCCUGUCAGCAAAGACAGUAUAUAUAUUCAGUGACUGUUUGGGAUUUUCUUCUUUGGUAGAAGAAAAUAGUAAAAUUGUUCUAAAGAACAAACUAUGGGCUAUAAUAACUGGCUGUGAUAAUUCACUACUCAUUAGAUAAGUGUGUUUACCUGGCUGAAGUAGCAAAGCAGAAAACAUUAAGAAUGAACUAGCAGUUGAUUUUUUUUUUUUUUUAAUCCUGUCUAGUAUCAACACUGCUUAACCCUGUAGGGUAGGGAUAUGUGAGCACAGAAGAAAGAUCUGUCCUGAAAGAAUGAACUACAUAAUCAUUGCCUGAAGAUGAGAGUGAUUAACUUCACUUGCAGAGCACAGCCCAAAGCUCUUUGAAAAGAAGAAUAAAUAGGAAAAAUGUCUGGACCUACAGAUGCAUACCAGUUUAUACUGGCUGUAUUGUAGUCACAUCCUUUGCAGGCCAAAACUGAACAUUGAUUGGAUUUGUAUACUAUCCAAAAUUAAAAUAAAAAAAAAAAAAAAAGAUGAGAGAUUACUGAUGAUUUGGGAGCUCUUGUCUAACAUGAAAAAUUGAUUGAUUUUUCUUACGCAAGGGCAUUGGUUUGCCAUAUGAAACAAUUAUCCAUUUUAAACUAUGUCAUUGGAGCAUCAGGAUCUUACCUUGAUCAAGAUUUGAAUACCUCAGUAUAAUAAGCUUUGGUUGACAGAACAAUGCGGACAGGAUCAGUAGAGUAUGAAGUGCCUUAGUAUGGGCUGUAUAGCAAGAAGCAUGGGGAGACCAAAACCUGGAAGGCUGUGUGGAGGUGCUGCUGCAGACUGAUUUGUUGGGUAGCCUGUGCUGAUAUAACAAGAGUAACAGGGAGGGAGGGAGAAGAGAGAAACAGAGGAGGCAGCAUUAUGCUGAUGUCUAACACUGCACAGAGGUAGAGGUUUCAAGGUGGAAUGAAGUGUUGGUAGCGAGCAGCUGCUCAGAGCCUGAUGCACUCCACUGAAGUAUCACGUUCCUCCAGGCUACAUUGGCAUGGUAACAGACAGACCUCAUUUAACUGUAACUCACUUAUGCACAGGAGUAAGGGUUUCCUUGAAAAAGCCUGUCCCUCAUGGUGGCAGAUGAAGGAAAGGAGGACAUCUCAGUGCUAGGAGAGCUAGCAGGUGUUUCAACAGCAUGGCACUCUAGGGGUCUGUGGCUGUAGCAUGCCUUGGUCUGGUGGACACAGGGCAACUGCAGGACCACUGCUGCACUCCAGUCCCAGAUCCUGGUGUACAAUGUCACAAAAGCUUAUGAAGUUUGAGUAGUGCAGUGGUCUGGAAACUUCCUAGCUGGUUGAAACUCAUAAAGAACAAGGUGAUUAAAAAAAA